UCCUUCUCCUUGUUUUUGUGGUCUCUGUACCUUUAAGACUUGCCGUCGCAGCAUCACGCAGAUGCACCGUCUGUGUUUCUGCGGGGUUCGUGCGCGCUCUCAUCAGCAGCACCCGACCGUCUAUCGACGAGCGCAAAUUGACGCCGCGCGUAUCACAGGGCCGCGCGCAGGGUACAGCUAACAUCCAUGAACAAACUUCACUGGGAUACUGCAAUGGAGCAUCGACGCCAAAACACAGGCUAGUGAUUUGUCCUGAGAGAUUCUUGUAACUGUGGUGUUACAAAGUGGUACUGUGGAAACAGACGUGAAAGGCAGUCUAUACUCAUGUCCCUUCCAGCUAACAGAAAGCCAUCUGCUGGUUCUCGCAGAAAGCCAACGGCCCCAAGCAGCACUCGACACUCGCAUGUCGACCUGUCUGUACGUAGCAGUUACUCAACAAAAUCCUGCAAGGGCACAGAGAACAAAACUGUACCACGCUCCAACCCAACCACACCACGACGACAGGUGAAGUAUGCAGCCUGUGGUGAGAAUCACGGGAUCCGUCCGCCUGCCCCUGAACAGUAUCUCACUCCACUGCAGCAGAAGGAAGUGUGUAUUCGUCACUUACGAGCUCGGCUGAAAGAGAAUGUGGAGAGGCUUCAGGACCGAGACUCUGAGGUUGAGGAGUUACGGAUGCAGCUGACUCAGAUGCAAGAGGACUGGAUUGAGGAGGAAUGUCAUCGCAUUGAGGCCCAGCUGGCCUUAAAAGUGGCCCGGAAGGAGAUCCGGCAGCUUCAGCAGGCUGUGGAAACCGUACAGUCCAAUAUAGGGGUCCAUGAGUCAGAACAACAGGACUGUAAGUCUGAAGGUCUGGGUGUAGGUAGGGUGGGGUCACGGUUUGGGACGUCUAGGUCUUGUGGCUGCUCUCCGGCCCAUACCAUGAGUCGCAGUGCCACCUACACCAGACUAAGAAGUGAGACGUCACCUGGCACCACUGACCAUAAUGGAAACAUACAUUAUGACCAGUGCAUUCCUCCCAACAGAGAGGCGAUGACAUUACCGAGAGGUGAUGGGCAUACUCAUCUACUUUUAGAAGCAGCUCUUCUGUCUGAGCAAGUCCCACACGCACCGCUAUGCUUCGCCUUGCCACGCUCCUCAACCUGUGAGAGAUUGUGUAGCGGAGAGACGGUGUUGCCCGUUAGUCGAUCUUGCCAUGCUGUGAACAACUGCAGCUGUGGUCCACACACCUACCUCCCUCACCACCAUCUGUUUUUGCAUCUCCCACAGGAGGAAGCACCUCCACCACCUCCUCAACCGACCCCACCAACAGCACAAACUGUUGCAUCAGAGGUCAGUGACAGGCCAGGAUUCCGAUCACAGGCUUGCAGCCCAACCAUAACUUGGAUCUCUGAAGAGGGUGGAGGCGAGAAUCUGAGCAUCAUCACUUCAACAACUUACGCACCAGAUGUUACCCUAGCAGAGCCGCAGGUGUUUUCGCCAUCUUCCACUGCUACCUCCCCGGCUCAGAUGUCUUACAUCACAGAACCUUUACCACUAGACAACAUCAUUGCAUUUACAUCUUCAACAAUGACGCCUACUGUGUUGACCAAGCCACAGGUUCAGCAACCUUGUCCCAGAUCGUCACCACCUCUAGAGUCGCCGCCACAGGAGGCAACGGUAGUAAAGGUCAAUGAUGAUGAUGGAGUGGGUGGCGCUUGUGCUGCGGACGAGGAAGGAGAAUCAGCUCAUCCUGAGAGGAGUCACUGGAGCCGCUACUUCCUGAUUGACCUGUUAGCAGUGGCUGUUCCUGUUGUUCCGACACUAGCAUGGCUUUGCCGAGGGGUACAGAAUGAAGGUAUGCCCAUGUACAACAUGGGCUCCCUGCUUCGCGGCUGCUGUGCUGUUGCACUGCUCUCUCUAAGACGAGUCGGCAGGGGCCGUGGUCCCUCAGGAACAGAAAGAGCGACACCUAUUUAAAACUCUAGCUUUGCUGCACCAUCAAAAACAUUUAUCUUUAGUGGACUCUUUGUCCUUGGUCUCCCAGCUAGGUAAUAUUUUUAACCAAGGAGGCUUACAUCUGUUACACCAAUGCUCGUUUGGGACAAAGAUUUUAGGAAUGUGGCCCUAAUUUGCACAGACAUUGACAAGUUUCAAGGCUCUUGCUCGUUUCCACCUUUUGUAUUCCUUUUUCCUUUUAGGCCCCUCUUAUCUGCUCAAUUUCCUCCCAUUCCAGGCUGAAACUGAGCAGGCAGUACAUACACAAAAAUAGCUGUAAGCAGCCAUGAGUGGAAUCCAAGCUGACCAGAGAAGCAGAAAAACUCUAUAUUGGAUAUGGAUGUAGACUCAGCUGGUCAUUAUUGCAAAUAAACCCUGACAGGGUGAUCCACGAAGCCCUCAUAGAGGUCUUUUAUCACCAUGACAGUGUUUAUUUUUGUGAUUAUGACUAGCUGACUGUAUAUUAUUUGGCUUAUUAGAAGGUUACCAAAUAAAUGGAACCAUCAUUUCAACCUUAAAUUAUUUCAUUAUUUAUUUCAUGUUUUGCAGAGAGCUAAUUCUGUUAAUUUGUUGCACUCCCCCUACUGGAUUAUGAUAUUACAUUUACUGUAAUCUCUCAGCAUGUAACUAGGUGUGUCACAUAGACAUGGGUGCAGGAAGCCAAUUUGUUCUUCAAAUGUUAUGUAUGCGACCGCAGUGCCAGUCCAUGCCAUUUAAUUGAAAACUCUGGUAAAUGUUAAUCAUAGGUUUACAGUUAUAGCUGAUUAUGAAAGGACGAAUAAUACUGAGAAUAACCUGUACAAGCAAUAGGGACCCCUGCUUGGACCUCUAGAAAUUAUUAUACCUCACUCAGUACAUAGAAUAUACAACUUUUAUCAAGUAUUAUUACGUGAAACUUAACUGUGGAGUGUUGUUUGGGUCAUUGUCAUAAUAUCUGUGCUUCUAAACAACUGUGCUUCUAAAUAUGAGCUAAGAGAUUCGUCAAACUGCUUUAAAUUGCAUUGUUUGCAUAAGAAUUAUGAAAUGAUUUGAUGUUUGGAGAAUGUUGAUUAAGUUUGUUAAAAAAAAAAAUCAAAUUCCAGUGACAACUCUACUGGAUAGUGAUUUAAUGUUAUUAAGUGGAAGAUUAUUUUUGGUUCUUUUGAACUAUCUCAGGUGGAACUCAGGUGGAAAGUACAGACAGAUGAUGCAAAAUCAAUGGAAACUCAUGUUAAAAGACCCAUUAAGUACAACACAAAGGUUUUUUAAGUUAGACACAACUCUUGUAAAUGUGUACUGUCAUAAUGGCCUCCCGUUUUUAAUCUCAUAAAAUUCAUUACAACUGUUCACUUCUAAACAGAUGGGUAUUAGCUAUUGCAUGCAUCCAAGUUCAGUGUACAAUUAGUGAAAUACUUAUGCAGUUAACUUGUACAUUCAUAAAGCUAUGCUUUUGUUUAUUUGAGGUAGCACAAAGGUAUUAAAAACAAAAAAGGAUAAUCAUUGCGUUCCAGUAGAUUAUUGUAAGGGCUGGUUUGAAUGCAUGUUAGAUCAAGAAUUCCUUGUAGUUAACCAACAGUACACUUACGGGUUAUAUUUAUUUUAGAAACAUAUCACUGCAAAAUAUGAUUGCGUCUUUAGACAGAGCUCAUCAACAUUUGGCUCAUUCAUUUUGAUUUUGUUCAAUUGCCCCAUGAAAAUAAAGUGUUUCAUCUAAAUUACAAAGUAUCGGUUGCGCUGAUUAUUUUUUUUUACAGCAUCCUUACCAUGCCGAUGAUGCAGUGUGGGAUUGGGACCCGUAAGAUUUUGCUGUAGGCGCUAGUCAUUGUCGUGGCUGGUUUCAAAGAUCUACAGUACUUGGAAUAGGUUGGUUUUUUUUGCUUGUUAUUUCAAUGUGUCAUGCCUGAUUUAGGACAUGGUUUAAUAGUUUGUUACCAU